AUGUGGCGGCCCCAAAUUCCUCACAAGGCGAUCGACGUGGAAGUGGACUGCGGCCCGGGCGUCCCCUGCCGCCUGCUGCGGGUCGACAUUGACGUGUCCGAGGUUGCACGCAAGCAGUUCCUCGGCGGCUUCAAGCACCGCGUGACGGGUUCGACCUACCACCACGCGGUAACGCAGACGCCCCCAUCCGCGCCGCGCCCCCGGCCGCCGCCGCGCGCCUGCCGCGACACCCAGACGGUGCACCAGGCGGCGCGCGGCGCGCAGACGCUGCGGGAGGCGGCGACGCAGAUGCCGCGGCCGGGGGUGGUGCUGGACGUUUCCGAGGACCGGCUAGUCACCCCCAGGACCUACGUCACCGCCCGCGAAGUUCAAGCCGUGCGGCAGGCCGCCGCGCUGACCGUGCAGCGCUUUGCACGUGGCUGGGCGGCGCGGCGGCGUGCGGGGCAGCUGCGGGGGCACAAGGAGGAGCGGGAGGCGUUCCUACGAGAGCGCGAGGGGCGGCGCAUCGCGGACGCUGAGGAUGCGCGCAGGCGCCAGGUGCAGCGGCGCAUGCACCCUGCAAAGCGCACCGACUUUCAGGUCCUGGAGACUGAGCUGGACGCGUGGCGGCGCCAGGAGACCGCGCGCAUCAAGGCCGCAGGGCUCGGCCCCGAUAAGGAGCAGGACGCCCUGCGGCUGCUGCUCGCCAAGGAGACGCGGCUGCUGCAGACGAUCGACCGCCUGCGCGUUAACGCCAAGUACGAGGCGCGCGACGCGGCGGCGCACCGUACGCUGAGCGCGAUGGCGGCCCCGAAAACAUGGGAGCUUAAGAACGGCGCCAAGGUCUUGGUGCACACACCCACGACCGCGCGUGCGCGUGAGCUCCAGCAGCUGCACCGCGGCCUGGCUCUGACCGACCUCAGCGUGGACGAGCGCCUGGACCUGCUGCUGCACGUCAAGUGGACCGCCAAAGAGUUUGACUGCCGUUUGACCAGGGAGAUCGUGCAGCUCAUUGACAGGGAGGCAGACCUGCUCAACAGAGAAGGGGAAUUGAAGGAGGCGGGGUUUGGAGACGGUGGGCCGGAGGAGCUGGGUUCGUAA